UCCUCAGAAGAUGGCAUUAGCAAAAAAUAAGGAAGCAUUGUUUCUAGGACAGCCAGACUUCUGCUUCCACGCCCAAGAGCCCGGGGUCUGCCGAGGGUACUUUACCAGGUACUUCUACAACAAAGAGACAAAAUUGUGUGAGGCAUUCAAGUAUGGUGGGUGCCUAGGAAACCAGAACAACUUCAGGAGUUUGGAGGAGUGCCAGAAUACCUGCCAAGACAACUUUGUUACAGCAGAAGAGCAUCCCAGCACUGUGAACAGCAGUUCCCCAGCAGAAGCACCCAGCCAGUCUCCUGGGAUUUUUGUUAAUUCAUUGCCAGCUGCUCCAAAUGAGAAGUCCAACACCCUGAACAGCAGUUCCCCAAAGGAGGAGCCCAACCAGUUCCCUAUUUUUUUUGAACCUCCUGCUAUCCUUUCCUUGUGCACGACCCCCAUGGACAGAGGGCUUUGCAGAGCCAAAGAAUUGAGAUUUUUCUACAACUUCUCGACUGGAAGGUGUCGCCCCUUUAGCUACAGCGGUUGUGGUGGGAAUGAGAAUAAUUUCAUCUCCAGGAAGUCGUGUUUGAGGACCUGCAAGAAAGGUAUGGGAAGUGAUACUGCCCCCGGCUAUGGCUCAGAGGAUUCAAUAAUAAAAAAGGUGAAAGAAGACUAAUAAGAAUCAAGAAAAAAAGAAAGAAACAGCCAGUAAAGUCCCUGGGCAUGGAAAUCAUCCCUGAAGCAAUGCAACUUUGAUUUUUAUGGAAAUGUGAUGUAAACUGCUCUUCACUUGUGAAUGAAAACGUUCCGUGUACACCAUUAAAAUAUAUUUACCGAUUAUUUUGAUUAUGUAUUACUAAGCUGCUUAUAUUUUUUAUGUAUUCCUCAAUCAUGUUAAUAAACAUUACCUCUUACUUUGCUAAA